AUGAUGUACCAUUCAAAAGGUUUAAAACUAUCAAUUAUUAGGAAGACAAUUCUAUUCAACCUAAGAAAUAAUUAUUUUAUUGAACUCAAAAUUAAUGUAAUAUAAAGUUUCUAUAAAAUAUCCUCCUCUCAAUUCUCUAUUUAUUAAAUUUCUUACAUAUAUUCCUAACCAUUUGCAAAUAAAUACCUUUAAGCAAAUAGUUAUGAAUUAAUUAAAUAAACAAUAAUUUCUUAAAAGAAAUUGAAAUAUGUAAGAUAAUUAAAAUUUUAUAGGUUUUGUUAAAGAAUAACUUAAAGGAGUUAAAGUUAAACAAACUAAAAUUGAAAAACAUGAUUUUAUGAAAACAUUAAAGAUGAUAGAAGAUUAGUUAUUAUAAUCAAUUAAAAUAGAUAAGAAGGCAAGUUGUGGAGAAAUAUAGCUUAAAAAAACAAAUCGAGAAGUAGAAUUGAAAUAAUAAAAACAAAUAAUCUAGCUUUAAUAAAAGCUUUCAUAAGCAUAAAAAGACUGCUAAGAUCUUAAAGAAUAAAAUCAUUAAAUAUAUACAGAAAUGAAAAAAUAAAAACAAAUAAUAAAAUCUUUAGAAAGAGAAAAGUAAUAGUAUUCAAAAGACAAAGUAAUUUGGGAUAAAAAACUGUAAAAUUAAGAAGAGUUGUAUUCAACAAAUUUAAGAAUGACAGAUGAUGUUAAAAAGGUUUUAAAUAUGAUAAAUGAGGAUAUAGAUAGAGAAGCUGUUGUUAAAGCUAAGAAAAUGAAAUGAA